AUGGGUGGAAAUGCUCAAACUCAGUAUGCUCCUUCAGAUGGAGGAGAAGAGGGUAUCCCUGUUGAGAUGCCGACCAAGAAGGCUGUUAGUUCUUGGGUGCACCUUCUUGCGGGCGCGAGCGGUGGAAUGGCUACCGCGAUAGUGACUUCGCCUCUUGAUGUCUUACGAACUCGUCUUCAGUCCGACUUUUAUCAACCACAAAAAGGCUCCGACGCCUCCCUUCCUCAAACCUCACAACGAUCAAGUCAUAAAACGCUACGGAUUAUCAAUUCCAUUUAUCGUGCUGAAGGCUGGCGAGCCUUCUUUCGAGGCCUCGGGCCAAGCAUGGCCGGUGUAGUACCGGCGACCGCCAUCAAAUUUUACGUAUACGGCAAUUGCAAGCGUGUUGGAGCUCAACUCAUGGGACACACGGAAGACUCUGCUAUCGUCCAUGCCCAAGCUGCAAUCUGCGCCGGACUCGCAACCUCAACAGCAACGAAUCCAAUAUGGCUUGUCAAAACACGGCUACAACUUGACAAAACACAAACACACACCGGUGGUCCUUCGACUCGUCGAUAUCGCAAUAGCGUUGAUUGCAUCAGGCAAGUCAUGCGAAAUGAGGGACUGGGUGGCUUUUAUAGAGGAUUGAGCGCAAGCUACCUCGGCUCGAUUGAAACGGCUCUACAUCUGGUGCUCUAUGAACAGUUGAAAACUAGGCUCAAUCGGUCAUUAGAAGCUACCGAGGGGCCAAGGACUCCCUUCUGGAACGAAGUGUUCCAUUGGGUUAGUACUAGUGGUGCCGCGUCUUCCGCUAAGCUCGUGGCAGGUCUCAUCACAUAUCCUCAUGAGGUUAUCCGAACACGAUUGCGCCAGGCACCUGUGGAGCAUGGCCAGGCCAAAUACACAGGGCUGGUACAAUGCUUCAGUACCAUCGCUAAAGAAGAAGGUAUGGCGGGCUUGUACGGAGGUCUGGCCCCUCACAUGCUCCGUUCUUUACCCUCAGCUAUCAUUACGCUUGGCGUAUAUGAAUUUGUGCUCCGGGUCACUGGCGCUUAG